UCCAUGAUCAUUAUCGAUCACAAAAUAAGUGAGAUUACUCCAAUACUACAAUGCCUUCAGUUCAGCGACCUUCUACUCCUCCAAAGUACUUGCAAGAAGAUGAACUGACCCAAGAAUAUUGUAGCGACGUCGACAUAACCUCCCUGCCCAGAGAAAAAGGCUGGCAUCCAGGUUACCUCCAUCAGUACCAAGGGUGUUGGAUCGCCACUAGAUUCAUGAAAGGAGUUGUCCCAUUCCAAAAACACUUUCAAGCUCAUGACUCCGAUAUCCUCCUCGUCUCCACCCCGAAAGCCGGCACCACUUGGCUGAAGGCCAUCUUGUUCUCCUUGGUUAACCGGGUGCGCUAUCCGGACCCUCGACAACACCACCCUCUGCUCACCAACAACCCUCAUGCUCUCGUGCCCUUCUUGGAUAUCGAUCUAUACAAUGAAACCCAGGUUCCAGACCUCACCUCCUUUGCCUCGCCGAGGCUCUUUUCAGCUCAUUUACCUUUUGUGUUGCUACCAGCGUCUGUGAAUGCUGACUCCUCGACUAGCAAGGUCGUGUAUUUGUGUAGGAACCCUAAGGACACUUUUGUGUCACUUUGGCACUUCGCGAACAAGUCGAGACACACGAGUCAGGGCACCAAUUCACUUGAAGAGGCUUUUGAUAUGUUUUGUAGGGGAGUGAGUGAUUACGGGCCUUAUUGGGACCAUGUUUUGGGAUAUUGGAAGAAAAGCUUAGAAAACCCUAAAAAGAUACUUUUCUUGAAGUAUGAGGAAAUGAAAGAGCAGCCAGCUGCCAAUUUGAUGAGACUAGGUGAGUUCUUGGGGUGCCCUUUGUCCCCAGAAGAAAAUGCCCAAGGUGUUGACGAUAAUAUCUUAAGGUUGUGUAGUUUUGACAAUUUGAGCAACUUGGAGGUGAAUAAAAGUGGGAAAUUGCCCUCCGGCGUGGACAAAAAUGCAUAUUUUCGUCGAGGUGAGGUUGGAGACUGGAUGAAUCACUUGACAACAGAGAUGAUGGAAAAAUUAGACUGCAUUACUGAAGAAAAGUUUCAUGGUACUGGGUUAAGAUUUUAGGCAUAUAAUAUAAAUUCCGGUUGCAUCAUCAUUUUCAUUUCCAAUCCAUGCAAUAUUAUUAUUGUAUGAACCACUUUGUUAUUGUCAAUGUGUGCAUGCAUUGGCAUCUAGCUAUGAUCAGGCUUUAGCCUAGCCGCCGAAUAAAAUGUUUCUUUGUGUUCUAUGAUCCGAUUGUCAACGUGUAUGUUGACAUCUGAUCAAUAUCCUUCAAUAAAAUGUUCUUUGUAUUAAUUCUCUGAUUUCUCA